GCGCCCCUCCCGCCCGCGUGCGCUCUUUCCCUCCCUCCACAACCGCCCUCCCACCUGGCCCUGCUCCCCCUCUCAUCCCCCCAGCCGGCCCGCAACGAAACUUUGGGAAAAGAAAGGGCCCUCGCGCCCCCUGCCCCCCUCCGGCAUCGCUGGCUCGGCUCAGCGCGCCCUUCCUUCCCCGCUAACAACCUGGGACUGCAGGGCAGUUCGGGCUGUUCGGGAUUUGGAAAAAGGGGGCGUGGAUUGAGACGCGAAGGAGGGGAUCGAGCUCUCGCAAGACAGGCAGUGAGCGCUCGGGUGUCUGACGGCCCUGGGCGCCAGUCCCCGCGUCCCUGUUUGUCAGCUGUGGGCCUCGGUCCUCCCUGUGCCUGUCUGUUAAAUGGGAUCGGUGGUGACCGCGGGCUGACGGUUGCUGCCAGGCUGUAAGGAGGUGACAGGUGCACAGCCCCUCCGUCGGAGCUCAGUGCGUUGGAGCUACCGUCGUCCUGGCUGGGGCCCCUGGUACUGAGCUCUUGAAGGUCUCUUCAGGAAGUGAAAAAAAGGCAGGCUGCAGGUCACCUUGCUACCGUUCACCGUUGCACUCAAGUUUAGCGUUUAUGGGGCAGUAAAAUCGCUUGUGGGUUAUUCUGUGUGGGUCAUUUCUAGGCCAUUUCGCCUGAACUCUUGGCUCUGGCAGGCUGCGUGGCCCUGUCCUUUGUUUACUUACAGGUUAUUUCCUCCUUCGGGGGCUACGGCCUGAGCCCUUACAAAGGGGAUGAACACAAGAAAAUAACAGUAGGCCUGCCCUCUCCAGGCACAGCAGAGGUGAGAUAGGCCUGGAUUUUCUUGGGUAGGCUGUGGAAAGCCAAGCCUUGGCCUGACUGAAAUGAUGUGGCCAGGAUUAGGCACCUCACUUGGUCAGCACCCUUAUUCUGGGUGAACUUGAGUUCACCCAGAAAUCAAGCCUAGCCUCAUAGGAGUAAGACAGUCGUUGAAUGUUUCCUGUCCCUCUGCGCAGCGUUCAGCAUCAACCCAGCAAGAUGCUGUAGGUUUCAGGCUGAAGACCCUUCUGGCCUAAUGUUUGGAGGGGAAACUCUGGGAGGCCUCCCACGGCUGAUCCAUAGACAUAAACCUGAAUUUUAUGUCUCUGUAGUCAAGUCCAAAGUCCCCUCCACGUGGCUGGGAAGGACAAGCAGUUUAAGCCGCACCCCUGCUUUGACGGAAUAGGUCAAGGGUUUACUGAGUGUGCCGUUCCCCUCUGCCUGCAGCACCCCCCGGCCUUGUACCCUCUGGGCUUCCCCUUCUCAGACCUCAGGUCAGAUAUCUCCUCCCCUGAGAACCUUCCCGAAUUCCUCUGAGGCCCAGUCGGGUCCCCCGGGAUGGCCACAGAUUGUUGGUCCGCAUGGCACUCACUACAAUCGCAGCCUGACAUUUUGCCCUCCUUUUAUCACAGUUUGUCCCCCAUCAAGGCAGCACCAGGUCAGUUUGCUCACAGCAGUGUCCCCAGCUCCUAGCACACGGCCUGGUGCGUUAGGCUCCCAGUAAGUAUUUGAGGAGGAGGAGCUGCCCCAACUCUUCCCAGCACCCCCAACACCAUCAGAGCAAAAGUCUGGCUUUCUUAGGAGCUGUUUUGCUUAGGUUUGUCCUUUUUUAAAAAAAAUUGAUCACGUUGUUUUAUCAUGAUACAUCCUAGAUUCAGCCUUAAAGACUGGCAUUAGCAAAAGGCUCAAGGCUUAAUUACCACAUGUUGAAGGUAGUGUCUUCUGAUGGCUCUUGUAUAACUUUAACUUGCUAACUUUAAAAAGUAUUUCUGUGCUUUGCUAACAACAAUCCACACUGAAAAGUAACUAAGUCUAUGUAAAAGAGAUGAGAUAAAAUUAUCGAGCGUUUCUGCGUGCCUGGAUUCCUGCUUAUCUCCUUUGGGAAUGGGGUCAUCUCUGUUUUCAAGAAACAUUUUGCACCCUAAUCUGAACGCUCUAACCGCCCCCCCCCGCCCCCCGCUGAACACACAAUACACGUUGCUGGCGAUGGUGGACGGUUGAUGAGAUGUUGAGAAACAAGAUGGCCACCUGACUUCCCACAGUCAUGGUAGAAAGCUCGUGUGGGACCCUCCCUCCCUCUCCGUUCUCUCCUUACUGCCCAGCUCACCCCUCAGAUGGCAGACGAUCAGGGCUGUGGCGUGGAGCAGGCAACUGGGGACUCAGCAAGCAGAGAUGCAGUUGAUGCUAAGCCAGACCGGUCUUCCUUUGUGCCAUCACUCUUCAGUAAGAAGAAGAAAAAUGGCUCGGGAAGAUCAGUCACGACCACCCAGGACCGAGUGCCUGCAUAUCAGUAUAACAUGAACUUUGAGAAGGUGGGCAAAUGCAUCAUAAUAAACAACAAGAACUUCGACAAAAAGACAGGCAUGGGCGUCCGAAACGGAACAGACAAAGAUGCUGAGGCUCUUUUCAAGUGCUUCAGAAACCUGGGUUUUGACGUGGUCGUCUACAAUGACUGCUCUUGUGCCAAAAUGCAAGAUCUGCUGAAACAAGCCUCUGAAGAGGACCACAGAAAUUCGGCUUGUUUCGCCUGCAUCUUACUAAGCCACGGAGGAAAUUUAAUUUAUGGAACAGACGGCGUGACAGCGAUAAAGGACUUGACAGCCCAUUUUCGGGGGGACAGAUGCAAAACUCUUCUAGAGAAACCCAAACUCUUCUUCAUUUCGGCUUGCCGGGGGACAGAGCUCGAUGACGGGGUCCAGGCUGACUCGGGGCCUAUCAAUGACACAGAUGCCAAUCCCCGAUACAAGAUCCCCGUUGAAGCCGACUUUCUCUUCGCCUAUUCUACAGUCCCAGGCUAUUACUCAUGGAGGAACCCGGGCAGCGGGUCCUGGUUUGUGCAGGCCCUGUGCUCCAUCCUGAACGAGCAUGGCAAGAGCCUGGAGAUCCUGCAUAUCCUCACCAGGGUGAACAACAGGGUGGCCAGGCACUUUGAGUCCCAGUCUGAUGACCACUUCCACGAGAAGAAGCAUCCAUGUGUGGUCUCUAUGCUCACCAAGGAACUCUACUUCUGAAAAUAACCAUCCCAGGGAUGCAUUCUAGCCGAAAAGCUACGGAUCAUUUGUUCAUGAGUCUUUUUUUUUUUUUUUUUUUAAUGCUCUUGAAAUACCAAGAAAUUCCAAAGGAUUUUAAUUUCAGGAACACUUGUUGAUUCAACAGGAAAGAAACUUUUCUGGUGCUGUCUUAUGUACCUAUGUUUUGGGAGAGGUUUUUUUUUGUGUUUUUUUUUUACAAUGUUAUCCAUUGAUGACUUCGUAAUUUCUUCUUAAGACUAAUUUUGUGUUUGUACUUUUCUCCUUGUUGUCUCAUUUAGUACAUACAACAAAAACGACCUCUGCAGAUGACUCUCGGCUGUGCCCACCAUGAUCAGUGGUGACACGGCAGACAGGAGUUCCUAUUUGCACCUGGCAAAGAGCGUUCCAGUGCUUGAGAAAAAGCAGUGUGUGUUCACCUGUAUUGCAGGAAAAGUGGGUAUUGAGUGUGAUUUGAGUGAUUUUUCAUUGGCUUAGGGCAGAUUCUCACGCAAAAAUUCCCAGAGAAGUUAAAGGAGAGGGAAAAAAAAUCAAUGAAUCUAAUACGUAUCAGACAGAAAACAGAAGCCAUACUAGGUGUUUCAAUAGAGGGGUUUUAAUAGAGGAGAUUGACUUACAAAGAUAAUCAAAAAGAAGCCAAAUAAAAGGAAUCUGGUACCAACCGAGGGCUAUGAAAAGGUGUGGUUCCCUUAAUCCAGAAGCUGGGGUAGCCCACAGGAACUGGCCACAUGGGCAUGGUGGGAAGCUGCCUGGUGAGAGCUGGAUCAACCAGGGAUAGUGGGGGUUGGAGCAUGGCACAGACAAAGCCCCUGCCUGAGAUGGGGCAAUACCAGCCCGAGUCAGAGUGGAAAAAUACCCCAGCUUCAUCUCUCCUGCCCUGAGUCUCCCCCUGGCACCCUACCCCUACCAGCAUUACCUGGAAGCCAGCUGGCAAGGGCCCUUGGAAAUGUGAUUUCAUGCAGUACAGAGCACGCAAAGCCUAGUGAGGCAGGGCAGGAACAAGAAAUGGAUAUCAGAAUGGCCCAUAAUGUGAAUAGAAGUCAUAUAUUACCUGAUGUCAGCAAUUCCUCCAUUCAAUCAUUUAUUCAUUGCGUUGUCAGAUAAUCUACGUAUUGCCCACUCUGUGCAAAAUAAUCUUUUUUUAGCUUUAGCAUAUACCUGGAACUUGGUUAGAUUAUUCCAAGCCUCAUUCUGAGUAAAUUUCUUGUUACCUCUAAUUCUAUUAUGUGGGCAACGUUUAUGGCAAAGAUUCUCGCACUUUGUUACAAGGUUACUUUUUGAAUUCUUGAUAAGUUACUAUUUUAUUCUGCCUAAUAACUGGUUAACACACAGAUGUUCAUAUUUAUUGAUUAAAAUGUGGUUGCUUAAUUCCUAA